UGGACUCAGUGAUUACAUCCAGCUGCAGCACAUGGGCCUCACACAGGAAGCAGUCCCAGCAGAGGGUGGGGAGACGUGGCGCCUGCUGUCCAGCGGAGGUCUCCCGCGCCACGCUGUGCUCUCCGUCGGCACUCGUACCCGUUCAUGUGAUGGAGGAUCGGAGGAGGACCGAUGGAGGUUUCGGCGUUCUGAUCCGGUCGUCAUGAACCCGUUUGACGGCUCCGGUUCUCCCCGAUAUGAGGAGGCAGCGGACAGCGGGGACAGCCGUUGUCCGUGGUCCCGCUUCGCCUCCUGGUUGGAGUGUGUGUGUGUCGUUACCUUUGACUUGGAGCUCGGACAAGCCAUAGAGCUGGUUUAUCCCGUGGAUGUGAAACUCACUGAGAAAGAGAAAACCAGCAUCUGCUACCUGUCCUUCCCUGACUCGUACUCAGGAUGCAUCGGAGACACUCAGUUCAGCUUCAGGUUGCGUCAGUCGGUCGGUCGCAGAGCUUCGAGGUUCAGAGAUGAUGUUUACGAGCGAGACGCCCCCGUCGCUCUGCAGAGGGAAGCGUCCCAUUUCUUUGGUUAUGUCUACUUCAGACAAGUGAAGGACGUCUCAGUGAAGAGAGGAUAUUUCCAGAAGUCUCUGGUGUUGGUGUCCAGGUUGCCGUACACUCACCUGUUCCACUCACUGCUGCAGAUCAUUGCACCUGAGUUCUUUGAGAAGCUGGAGCCCUGCCUCGAAGCAGUUUGUAACGAGAUUGACCAGUGGCCUUCACCCGUACCUGGGCUGACCCUCAAUCUGCCUGUGAUGGGCGUGGUCUUACAGGUGAGGAUUCCCUCCAAAACUGACAAACCAGGAGGAAGUCCCAUCAGGCAGACAGCUAAGGAGAACCUCCUGCCGGCUCCGACUCUGCUGCCCACCAUCCACGAGUUGGACCUCUUCAAGUGUUUCCAGUCGGUGCUGAUCCACCUGCAGAUGCUUUGGGAGCUCGUGUUGCUCGGGGAACCGGUGGUUGUCAUGGCGCCGUCUCCCUCCGUCUCUUCGGAAACCGUGCUGGCUCUGGUCAGCUCCAUCAGCCCUCUGAAGUUCUGCUGUGACUUCCGUCCUUAUUUCACCAUCCACGACAGCGAGUUCAGAGAGUACACUACCAGGACACAGGCCCCACCUAACGUGGUUCUGGGAGUCACCAACCCGUUCUUCAUUAAGACUUUCCAGUCGUGGCCUCACAUCAUCAGACUGGGAGAGAUCAGGAUGGCAGGUGAUUUACCUAAACAGGUGAAGGUGAAGAAGCUGUCCAAAAUGAAGACACUCGACACCAAACCAGGGAUCUACACAGCCUACAAGACAUUUCUACAUAAAGACAAGAUCCUGAUCAAACGGCUGCUGAAGGGAAUUCAGAGGAAGAGGCCUUCAGAGGUUCAGAGCGCCAUCUUGAGGAGACACCUGUUAGAACUCACUCAGAGCUUCAUCAUCCCUCUGGAGCGGUACAUGGCAAGCCUGAUGCCUUUGCAGAGGUCUGUGACGCCCUGGAAGACGCCGCCUCAGAUUCGACCCUUCAGUCAGGACGAGUUCAUGUCCACUCUGGAUCACACCGGGCCUCAGCUCACCUCAGUGCUCAAAGGUGAUUGGAUGGGGCUGUACAGGAAGUUCUUCAGGUCUCCGAACUUUGACGGUUGGUAUCGUCAGCGCCACAAAGAGAUGACUCAGAAACUAGAGAGUCUUCACCUGGAGGUCAUAUGUGAUGCAGACCUGCUCGGCUGGACCAAAGACAAGUCGGAGGUGGAAAUCGUGGAUCUGAUCCUGAAGCUCAGAGAGAAGCUGAUUAAAGCUCGUAGGCAGCAGCUGCAAGUGAAGGAUGGAGUUUUGGACAAACUGGACACUUUUAUAGGCUCGAUCAUCAGUUCACUGCCUGAAGACCUGCAGACUGUCCUGACACGUACCGACACACACACUGACACGCACCGACACACACGCUGACACGCACCGACACACACGCUGACACACGCACCGACACGCACACUGACACGCACCGACACGUACCGACACACACACUGA